UUUACAAUUUGCAGCGUAGAAAAAGUUGUUGGCUCUUGUUUGUGGUGGUUUUUGCGGAGCAAUAAAAGGCUUUUUGAAAAAUGCAUUUUAACGUUGCAAUUGGUGUAUAAAAAUGCCACAAAUCAUGGACAAUUGCAAAUGGCAUAAACAAAUGCAGCGAGCGUGCAGUGCCAAGUGCUGAAGAAUUGUGUGUAAAUAGAACAACGACGACGAUCGAUCCGAAAAAAAACUGCGUCGCAAACAUGCAGACGACGACACACUGGUGAUCCAUUCCAAAACAUUGAUCAUUGCGCCCCCAUCCUUGCAUCUCUAGUGUUCACUGUAACUGCAGCUCCAUUGUUACACAGCAGAAGCAGCAGGAGGAGGAGUGGGAAGAGAACGAAAUGGGUGGCUCGGUGAGUCAAGUCUUUCGUUCGGGCUCGGCACUGCUCUCCCAUCGUGAUGGUCACAAAGUAUCCAAAGCGACGGAGGAGAAAAUCCAAACAUUAUUCGAAAUUUUGCGUGCCAAUCCAAAAAUCUCAUUGCAAACCCUUGAGAGUCUGCUGAUUCAGAUACCCAAGAACGAGAAUAUCUUGGUCAUACACGACGACUGUGGCUACAAUAUACUGCAGCGCAGUGUUGGCCUCAAUCACAUCGAUCUCACCAAAUGGCUGCUGCAUCGCCAUCGACCCGACGUCAAUCGGGCGCCCUGCUCUCUGCCCCUGCACAUUGCCACACUGCGUGGCUACGAGGAGUGUGUGGAGCUGCUCCUGCGUCAUGGUGCUCGCAUCGAUGCCGACACACGCAUGUGCUUUCCCGGCGCCCAUUCGCACAACUGCGAGGAGAGCGGGAAGUGGCACAGCAACGUGGACGAUGUCAGCGAACGCCUCAACACGAAGCUUCAGAACGCACUCUGCUAUGCCAUUGAUGGUGAUCAGUAUAAUGUGCUCAGCAUGAUGACUCAAAAGAUGGAAGAACCUUGGAUCCCAUUUCGUGCUAAGAAGCCGCUGCUGCACUUGGCCUGCGAGCGAGGCGCCUGGAACUGUGUGCAGCAGCUGGUCGUGACACGAUCCGAGGAGAUUAAUCUCAUUAUGGACGAAUAUUAUCCCAUACAUCAUGCUGUGCUGCAUGACGGACGCUUCUUGGAGCUACUCAUUCAGCAUGGUGCCAUCACCACUGUGCGCACCUGCACCCAGCAGAUGACGCUGUUGCAUGUUGUCAUUUUUGCUGCACGCAAAUCCGCGGAGGAUACGCAAGCCACAUUGCGCAUACUACUAGAUCGGGGUUGCAAGGAGCUGAUUAAUGCACCAGAUACGCUGGGCAAUACGCCGUUGCAUGCGCUGAUUGUGCGCUAUGCCCUGGAGGAGGCACGCUAUGGCUACGACAAGUGGAGCAAAUGGGAUGUGCUGCAUCUAGUGCGUUUCCUGCUGCAGAAUGGCGCCAAGCCAUCCAUCAAUCAGGCUGGAAACAGUGCCAUGGCAUGCGUGUUUCGCCACCUGCGUGACUGGGAGGUCUGCUAUGAGCUGCUCAACAUGCUCAUUAGGGAAGAUGGUGAUCCCAACAUUGUGGGCCGCGAUGGCUCCGUGCCCAUAAUGGUGUUGCUGGUGCCGCUAAUUAACAAGGAUCAUCUGCAUCAUUUCACGCACUCAAUGAAGGUUUGCUACUUGAACUGCAUACGCAUCCUGCUGCAGCAUGGCGCAAAUCCAAAUUGUUCGUAUCGAGCGAACUUGAAGCCGUUGCAUGUGCUGGUCUUUACGGUCAGCGAGAACUUUACGCUUAACUGUGAUGCACAGAAACGCACAAAUUUCGACUUUAUUAAGAACAUUCUGCUGCUGCUGCUGCAGCAUGGCCUCGACUGCAACAAGACAUAUCAACACAUUCUGCAAGCCGUCAUGGAUAUGGUACAGAAUGUGCGCACUUGCCACGAUAUGGAAUGCAUCUAUGAGUUAACUCUUACGCUUAUCCAAUACGGCGCCGAUCCCAAUAUUGUGCUCAGCAGCAAGACCACCCCUGGCAUUGCGAUCUUCUCAAGUGAAAUUGCCACCGCUGCUGCCAUGGGCGAUAAUACGUUUCGCAACUCGUUUCGCACAAACUCACGCUAUCUGCUUUUCUACUACAUUAUACUGAUCACGAAAAAGGAAUUUAUACUCAACGAUCCGCAAUUAACAUUCACACGCAUUAUCCAUCUCUUCUAUCUGACCAUGGAGCAUGAGCCGCUCUACAAUUGCCUAAAGUCACUGCACAAUUUCUAUGUCGCCCAAGUGCCGAGCAAGAAGACGGAACAAUUGAUAGCCCUGAUCUCGACACUCUAUCGCAGGCCACGCAGCCUCAAGCAAUUGGCUCGCAUGGCCAUCUAUGAGUCGAUGAACCGGAAGUUGGCCCAGAAUGUGAAUCGAUUGAAUUUGCCAGGUCCACUCAAGGAUUAUGUGUUGCAAUUUGAGAGAUAACAAGUGUGUGCGUAUAAAUAACUAGAUAAAGCAUAAAGCGUGUCAAUGUCAAUGUUAACUUUUUUAACGACCAAUGACUAGAAACAACUACCACUACAACUACAACUAGAAUCAAUCAUAAA